UGAUCUUACUACGUUGAAAAAAAAGAAGAUAUUUAAGGUUUUGAAACAAUGUCUCCAAGGAUUGCUUUCGUCAUUUCUUUGGCGGUUCUGACCGGUUUUAUUGCUGUUAUUCGUCCAGCUUCCAGCAUAAGCUGCUACGUCAAAGAUUGUACGUAUUACCCAGAUGAUGAGCCUUACUGCCGAGAUAGUGGACUGGUGGACUGUCUAGAGGAGGACGACGACAAGUGUGGGACUUUGUCCUUUACCCUUGGGUCCAACAUCGAAGUUAAGGUGUGGAACUGUACCAGGUCCACCCAUGAUGAUUGCAAUGAACAAGUGACUUGCGAUCACAUGAGAAAACUGGCUGUGGACAUUGACGAUACGAUUGAGUCAUGUGCGGUGACCUGCUGUGAGGGUGACGAGUGUAAUGACCCAGGUAAGAAGAAACACACCGUGAGGAAACUGGCCGGAAAGAAGAAAGAUAAGGUGGUGAAAAACAUUAGACAGACGUUUCAUUGGCCACAAUGAGUUUGAUGCCAAAAAAGGACGGAAACAGAGGACUGAGAAACAAGAAACUUAAACAUACUAGUUAUUUAAUGAGGCCGACAAUGUAAAAAUAAGUCUUUCCCAAUUUUCCCUUUGUCUUUAUUUCAAGGCCGGAAUAAAAUCUUAUGAGUAAUGUUUACAUGAAAAUUUACAUGGGCUACAGCCGCUAUCACAUCUAAAGGUCUGCAACAGGAAUGGCUUUGAAACAAAGGUAUAGUGAAUUCGGAAACGGAAAAUUCAAGUCACUAUAAAUAGAGCCCAAUCUGGGUUAAAAUUAACUAAAAAAAUGUGGUCUAGUGUCAUUUAGUAUUAAGUAUUAAAAUAAAAGAGUAAUAAAAUG